GCCGCAGAGCGGCCCGGCGGGCAGCGGGAGCGGGCACGGGCCGGUGCUCGUCCGGCGCCAUGAACAGCGUGGGCGAGGCGUGCACCGAGCUGAAGCGAGAGUACGACCAGUGCUUCAACCGCUGGUUCGCCGAGAAGUUCCUCAAGGGCGAGAGCGACGGGGACCCCUGCGGGCAGCUCUUCAAGCACUACCAGCUCUGCGUGCAGAAAGCAAUCAAGGAAAAAGACAUACCCAUUGAAGGGCUGGAGUUCAUGGGCCGAAGCAAAGGGAAGACAGAAAACUCCUCCUGACCUCGGCCGUGUGGAUGGAAUCCCUAACACGAGCCCUUGGACUAAGCAGAACCACCAGGCAUGACACGAGGUGCCACCUGGAUGAGACCUUUAAGCUGCUUCUUAGGAAGUGAGGAGUCUUCUCUGCUUGUUAAAAACAGACACAACAACAACAGACCGGAUCAGGUGGUAACUACUGCCUCCUUUUCAAUGAAUUCAACAUCUGGCAGCAUGAAAAGCCACUGGAACCAACUUCCUAUUGAAUGUACCAUAUAAUGGGAGAAUGCUUAUUGGAGUGAGCUGAAAUAGUAGUUGCUUUAAGACUAAUUUCUCUUGCUUAUUUAUAUUACACUUGAAAAAGUUUAAAAAGGGUACGAAGCGGUUGAUUUACUUUGUCUCUGUGCUGCUGGAUUUUGGUAGAAGAAGUUUGUUGUAUUGAUCCUGUAUGCCAAGGGGCUAAAGCCUUGUUCUGUAUCAGCAACAAAGAUGGUACAAAGCACUCUGUUGGGCCUGCAGUAACUUAGCUAAAAUAAAUAUAACCAGGUUAUAUUUUCUUGAAGUAGAAAACCAAUCUAGCAGAAUCUGGCUGUGACCUCUAGGAGGAUGGAGGUGGCCUGCAACAGAAGCUGAAGAGGACAUUUUUAAUGCAGAGGCUGCUUCUUCAGCCUUCCCUGAGGUACUGCAACCAUCCUGGGCUUGAAUUCUCUCUCCUUCAGCAUCACACAUUCAUUCCUGCAGUAAAACUGCAGGCAGCCCUGGCCAUCCCUUCCCACGCUGCCAGAAAGCACUGGGCUGGCUACCAGCAGCAUUGUCAUCACUGUGAUCCAGCCAUGACUAACAUUUACUGUGACACAGGGUGUGUUACACAGACAUACAGGGGAGCAAAAAUUGUUUUCAUUUGUAAUACUUAUAUGGUACAACCAGCCUGCAGCUUUGUGGAAACAGAGUUGUGAGCAACAUACAUGUUGAUAUACUAGAAAAUCCUGGGAGUGGAAGAUUAACAUUGUGAAAGCACACAGAGCUUAAUUACACAUCUCUGCCACCACUCCUCCUCCAGAAGGGGCUAAGAGAAAAUUGCCUUCAUGACUGUUAAUAAAUAUUGCAGUAGCUGA